AUGAGCCGCGCCCUGCGCGACACCGCCGAGCACAUGCGGCGCGAGCUGAGGGGCGUGGCCGAGCGGGUGGAGCAGCUGGCCGAGAGGGUGGCGGCGGUGGAGAGGGCCCAGCAGCGCACCAACGACAUCCUGCUGCACGCGACCAAGCGACAUCAUACACCAUGCUGCCAAAAUUUCUCAGCUGCUGGAUUACUGCAAAUCAAGGCUAGAAAUGUGUUGAAGAAAAUUCUCAAUGAGAGUCAGUUUUCUACACAUACAUUCAUAAAAAAGAAGUAUAUUUCUGACAGUACAAAUUUCAUAAAGAUAAUUCCCAAGACAAAGCAACUCAGCAAAAGCUGCAAUAACAUAAAAUGGUUAUUAAAAUUAAUUAGGGAUGAAAUGGACCAAAUUGAAUAUAGCAAAUCAUAA